CCGGGAAGGACGGGUUAUACCAAUCUGUGAUUAAAUAAAUUAACAAAACUUAUAUCUAUUUCAGACAGAGUCUGCUCUCAUGUUCGAUUCGGUAUAUGCAUUUGCAUAUGGGCUAAAACAUUUGGAUAGUAGUCACACUUUAACGUUCAGGAAUCUGUCAUGUAACUCUGACCGAGUAUGGAGCGACGGACUCUCGCUAUAUAAUUAUAUUAAUUCGGCUGCAGUUGAUGGCUUGACUGGAAGGGUUAAUUUUAUUGAGGGUCGAAGAAACAAAUUUAAAAUAGAUAUACUAAAACUGAAACAGGAAAUAAUACAAAAAGUCGGCUAUUGGCAACCGGAUGUGGGUGUUAACAUUUCUGAUCCUACUGCAUUUUACGACUCCAACAUUGCAAAUAUAACUCUGGUCGUAAUGACUAGAGAGGAACGUCCGUAUGUUAUGGUUAAGGAAGACGCAAAUCUUACUGGAAAUGCUAAAUUUGAGGGCUUUUGCAUAGACCUACUGAAGGCCAUAGCACAACAAGUUGGCUUCCAAUAUAAAAUUGAAUUGGUUCCUGAUAAUAUGUAUGGUGUUUACAUACCGGAAACGAAUUCUUGGAAUGGAAUUGUGCAAGAGUUAAUGGAAAGGCGUGCAGAUUUAGCUGUCGCGUCAAUGACUAUUAACUAUGCACGAGAAAGUGUUAUAGACUUCACCAAACCAUUUAUGAAUCUCGGAAUUGGCAUUCUUUUCAAGGUGCCGACAAGUCAGCCCACACGACUGUUUUCCUUUAUGAACCCAUUGGCAAUUGAAAUCUGGCUGUAUGUGCUAGCUGCUUAUAUCUUAGUAUCCUUCGCGUUAUUUGUGAUGGCUCGCUUCUCUCCGUAUGAGUGGAAGAACCCGCAUCCGUGCUAUAAGGAAACUGAUAUCGUUGAGAAUCAGUUUUCGAUAUCCAACAGUUUCUGGUUUAUAACGGGCACAUUUUUGCGACAAGGAUCCGGUCUGAAUCCGAAGAUAUCAGAUCGAGCUCAAACGAAGUUUUUCUCUUUUAUGAACCCACUCGCCAUCGAAAUAUGGUUUUACAUAGCAUUCGGCUACAUUCUUGUAUCAUUCUGUAUCUGGAUAGUAGCACGAUUAUCACCAAUGGAAUGGGUUCGUUCGAAACCAGCCUGUUCCAUGGCAUGCGACCAUAUGUUACGAAAAAUUCGAAAAGCUAACAAUGACUACGAUCAAUUGGAACUCAAAUCUUUCGAUAAUGAUCGGGAUCCAGAUACCAAGUGCUGCAAAGAGCACAUUAAUAAUUUAAAGCUAAAUGAUGAACACACAGCUAAUAAUCAUGAUAAUGCGGCUACUGUCGACUAUUUUAUAAAGCCCACUGUUCUUCAGGAUGAUGAUGAGGAAGAUGAUGAUGACCCCUUGGAGUUAGAGAGCGUACAAAAUGACUUUACACUGAAAAAUAGCUUUUGGUUUGCAAUUGGUGCUCUAAUGCAGCAAGGGGCCGACUUGUAUCCAAGGGCAACAUCUACCCGGAUUGUUGGCGGCUGCUGGUUUUUCUUUUGUCUUAUUAUAAUCUCAUCAUACACAGCCAAUUUGGCUGCCUUUUUAACAGUCGAACGUAUGAUAACCCCCAUUGAAAGUGCAGCGGAUUUGGCAGAUCAAACUGAAAUCUCAUACGGCACUUUGGAAGGCGGAUCAACAAUGACAUUUUUUAGGGACUCAAAAAUUGGGAUAUAUCAGAAAAUGUGGCGCUACAUGGAAAAUCGAAAAGCAUCUGUGUUUGUGAAAAGCUACGAAGAUGGAAUAAAGCGCGUAAUGGAAGGCAAUUAUGCUUUUCUAAUGGAAUCGACAAUGUUGGACUAUGCCGUUCAGAGGGAUUGUAAUUUGACACAGAUUGGCGGCCUGUUGGAUUCUAAGGGUUAUGGUAUUGCAACACCUAAAGGAUCUCCUUGGAGGGACAAAAUUUCUUUAGCGAUAUUGGAAUUGCAAGAGAAGGGCAUUAUUCAGAUACUCUACGACAAAUGGUGGAAAAAUACGGGCGAUGUGUGCAACAGAGAUGACAAAAGCAAAGAAUCCAAAGCAAAUGCGUUGGGUGUGGAAAAUAUUGGUGGUGUAUUUGUUGUUCUACUUUGUGGACUUGCGCUUGCGGUGGUUGUGGCCAUUUUUGAAUUUUGUUGGAAUUCAAAGAAAAAUCUGCACACAGACAAUCAAUCCUUGUGUUCAGAAAUGGCCGAGGAGCUGCGUUUCGCCAUGCACUGCCAGGGCUCCAAGUCAAAGCAGAGACCUGCACUUAAACGUGAUUGCAUUAAAUGUGCUCCCGGGUCCACUUACGUACCAACUAAUGUUACAAUGCCAAACUUGGGCGUUCAUUAUAACUAUUUUAAUUGAUUCAGAUUCCGAAAAUAAAACAUCAAAAAACUUCAAAGAACGGUUAAGGCUUUUAAAAUUAAGUAAAUGAUGCUCAUAUAUGUGCAUGUACAUGCAUAUGUAUCUGCUUUACAGACAUCUAUUAUUUUUGUACCAACUUUCAAAAAUAAAAACACACUUGUUGCGAAGCGAAUAAGA